UUCAUUUGCUUUCACUUUCCCUUGGCUUCUCUCCUUCCCUGAUUCUCUGUUCAUAUCCAAAGCUGCUUCUUCCCUUUGAAUCCCCAAGGAGAUGGCAGCACAAGUGAGCAGUUCAUUGGUAAGAGUCUUGAGUGGACACAUGGAAGAACAGCAACAGAACAAGAUUCAUGCUGGGAAUUCUGAUAUUUUGAUUACCAAAGAUUUGCUGGGAAAUUUGUCAAAAGCUAAAACAGAUCUUGAAUUUAAGGUAACUGGGAAAAUAGAGGCACAGAAGUGCAGUUCUUCAUCGUCAUCGGCAUCACCAAAGUCACCAUUAUCAGAUGGAAAAGGCAAGGAUCCAUUGCCGAAUUUCCUCCAAGAUUCCAAGCUUCAAGAUUUGAACUUUCCACCCAUCAAUUUAUUCGAAGAAAUGACGACUUCCCUCGACUUAAAGCUCCAGUCUUGUUCGACCCCAAGCUUGUACCAAAGCGUCUGUACGCUCGACAAGGUCAAAUACGCCUUGGAAAGAGCAGAAAAAGGAAACAUGAGGAAACGUUCAUCGUCACCAACUCCGCCGCCGACAACAUCGUCUUCUUCAUCAAGGCCAAAAAUGUUUGCAGCUGCAUGUCCCGGUUGCUUGCUCUAUGUAAUAGCUUCCAAUACGAAUCCAAGGUGUCCUCGCUGUGAUUCUUUCGUUCCAUCUUCUCCGCCUAUGAAGAAGCCGAGGCUUGACCUCAAUUCAUCAUUUUAGUCCCUGCAAAUAAUUCUGAUUCAUGUAAAUUCAAAAUCAUAGGCUAUUCAAAUUUAGCAUUAGGGGAAGCCAAUGAUGAAAUCAAUAUAGAUGUUUUUGUUAGUUUAACUUUAAUGAUGAUAAUCAAUAUCUCACAUUAUUGUUUCAA